AGAUGGCAUAAAACUAUUUUGUGUAAAGGACGGACAACACUUGAUCGUUCGAGCUCUGAAGGCAUGGACAUUAAUAAUUUAUACUUGUAUAAAAGUUGCAGGUACCGCACUCUACCGUAUCUAUGUUACAUGAGUCUCGUGUUUUUUUUGUCAUACGUAAUUGGCUGCAGUAAAGUGUGUAUUUUAUCGUCUUAACCUUGCUAUAAUCCUAAAAAUUCUGUUCGAAAAAGUAAUUAUACAGUUUGUUUUAACACAUAAAGCGUAUCUUGACAACCAAGACAUCAACGGAUCUUUUAAUAACAGAUUAUUAGCAUGUUUUGAAAUGCUUUGUUAGAAUUCUCCCGAGCUGCAUUCACGACAUGGAGGUAUAUUAUUAUUAUAAACACAGAUGUUUUAGAACAUUGAAUCCAGGGAGAUGUUAGCCUGUUACGUACUAUAGACAAAGUUGUAAAAUUAUGUGAAAUAUGUGAUUAUUCAUAAAAAUAUGCAGAGGUUUAUAUACCACAGGUCACAGGAUGAAUAAUUUUAUGUGACUGUUUAGUUGUUAGACUGAAAGUGAUGACAACACCAAGAGAGAUAGCUAACUGUUCAGACAAUGCUAGUCUUUUUAUAACGUCUGUUACUACAAUAUUUAUGCUUUACUGCCUGUCCAUAAUUAAUAUACUAUGCUGGCAAUAUUUUAUCCUCUAACAACCAGAAUAUUUUGGUGUAUUUAGAUGCAUUUUGAUGUAUUCAUUGUGAUUUUACUAUAAUGCACCUUUACACUUGCAAUGUUUGCUAUAAUUUAAGACAUUCCAAAUUUUCUUUAAUAGGUGUGAACUACUGAAUAAGUUGCAGGCUGGAUUUGUCUUGCCUUGUUGCUGCUCUAGUUAUACUAUGAUUAUCUGGGCCUGGGAUAUUAUCUUUAUUUCACUAUAUAUAUAUGUCUCUCAUCAAAUUCUUCUUUUUUAAGAGAGUUUUUAGUGUGCCAGAAAGAGUCCAUGGUGGUGGUUUUAUAAAAUAUGAAUGGCAAAAUAAACAGGGAAAUUAUCUUGCUACGGCUGGUGCAAAUCGAUCUGUCAUCAUAUUUGAUCGCCAUGGAGAGUUAGUUGAUGAAAUAAACUUGCCUGGGUUAUGUACUGGUUUAGCAUGGGAUAAAGAAGGAGAUACAUUGGGGAUAAUACAUGAUAAUAAAUCUGGUGUAAUUUAUUUAUGGGAUGCAAACUCAAGAAAAGUUAACCAACUGGAAAGUGGCCUAAGGGAUACUCUAACGUUCCUCGCCUGGUCGAUGGUUGGAGGUCAGCUUGGUAUUGGGUCUCUCAAAGGCAAUCUCUUAAUCUAUAACCAUCAAACAUCAAGGAAAGUUCCCAUUCUUGGUAAACAUACAAAAAAAAUCGUCGCGGGAGCUUGGAAUACUGAGAAUUUGCUGGCAUUGGGUUCAGAAGACAAGUCUUUAACAAUCUCUAAUACUGAUGGUGAUACUGUUCGACAGACAUCUUUGAGGUCAGAUCCCUCUUCAAUACAGUUCUCAGAAAUGAAAACAGACGAAAGAAUGUCGAAUGGUGAAAACACGGUCAGCGCCAUUGUUGGCAAGAAAACAUUGUUUCUUUUCAAUAUUCAUGAUCCAGACAAUCCCAUUGAGCUCGCUUUUCAGGCAAAGUAUGGAAAUAUUGCAACGUACAAAUGGUUCGGCGAUGGUUAUAUAAUGAUAGGUUUCAACAGUGGUUAUUUUGUUGUUAUUUCAACUCAUAUGAAGGAAAUUGGACAGGAAUUAUUUCAGACUCGUGACCACAAAGAUCUUCUCACAGAUAUAGCAAUCUCACUUGAACUCAAUAAGGCAGCAUCGUGUGGAGAUAGCAGUGUCAAAAUCCAUGAUCUAACGGAAAUGAAAGAAAUAUACUCGAUAAUUACCAUUGAAGAUGCUGGAGGAUCACUUGAUAAGAUUGAAUGGACAGCUGAUGGACAACUUCUUGCAGUUAGUACAAUGAAAGGUGCAAUUCAUGUUUAUUUGACCAAGCUGCCAGUUCUUGGAGACUCUCAUCAAACUCGACUUGCGUAUUUAACAUCAUUGCGAGAGGUCACAAUCGUCGACAGCGUAAACCAGGAAAGACCAGUCAUGGUUGACUUGUCUAUUGAACCAACAUUUCUCGCUCUCGGUCCUUAUCAUAUGGGUGUAGGGAUGAAUAAUCGUGCGUGGUUUUACGUCUUUAACCAAACAGUUGAGCCUCAGAAAGAUAAGGAAUAUCUUGGCACUGUUAAGAAGAUGUGUUUAAAUGCGGAUUAUGCUGCAGUAAUGUUUGACAAUCGUAUUCAACUUCAUUUGAUCGAAAGUGAUGGCAUGGAUGGAAAUGAUGCAAGAGAAACCCGAUUAUUUCCUGAAAAGAAAACCGAUGGAAAUAUCACUUGUUUUGGCUUAACUCCAGAUUUCCUAAUUUAUGCAACAGAUACUGGUUCCUUGUUCUACUUCUUCAUCGAAGACUGGAAAUUUGUUAAUGAGUUUCGACACGUUGUUGGUAUUCGUAAAUUGUUUGUGGAUCAAAGUGGUACCAAACUCCUUUUCUUGGAUGAUAAAAGCGACGGUUAUAUUUACUGUCCGGCUAAUGAUACUACUUUUGAAGUUCCUGACUUUUCACCCAACAUAAUCGGAGUUGUUUGGGAAAGUUAUUCGUUUGAUAAGGACGUGUUCUGUGCAUAUGAUGAAGAAAAUAUCUAUACAUAUAUAUUUUACCGUGAGACAGUUCAAGGUUCUCGAUGCAUAAUAGCAGGUGCUACAAAACUUCCCUUCGGUCACUUUCCUCUUAUUCUUUACAACGGAGAACUCACUUGUCAGACUCAAAGUGGGAAGACAGCAGAACUACGCUUAUCCAGCCACUCGUUCCUUCAGAAACCACAAGAUGUUGCUGUUUCCGAGCUUUUGGAUUCAUUCAAACAGUGUUUAACUCUAAAAAGGUUUAACGAGGCGUGGGCAAUAUGUAGAGUGGUGGAUAAGAAGGACACUUGGAUGGAUCUUGCUAAGAGUGCUUUAGAACAUUUAGAGAUCGAACUAGCAAUUAAAGUUUUUCGAAAAAUGGAGGAUGUUGGGAUGGUUUUGUCACUAGACGAAGUCAAGGAUGUAGAAGAUAAAAAUCUCUUGUCUGGUUACAUUGCCAUGUUUAUGGAGAAUUACAAUCUAGCCCAGGAAUUAUUUAUGGCCUCAACGAAUCCUUCAGCAGCAUUGGAGAUGCGUCGAGACUUGUUGAAUUGGGACCAAGCAUUAGAACUGGCCAAGAGUCUUGCUCCUGAUCAAAUACCAUUUAUCUCUCGUGAAUAUGCACAACAGUUGGAGUUCACUGGUGAUUAUGCCAACGCUUUAUUACAUUAUGAGAAAGGGGUAACGAAACUUCCAGAGGAAAAGAACCAUGAUGACGCAUGCAUGGGAGGUGUUGCAAGAAUGUCUAUAAGAAUGGGAGAUAUUCGACGUGGUGUGGGUCUGGCGACAAAUAGCCCAAGUCGACAAUUAAAGAAAGAAUGCGCAAGUAUUUUAGAAAAUAUUAAGCAAUAUGGAGAAUCCGCAGUUUUGUAUGAAAAAGCAGAGUACUGGGACAAGGCAGCAACCGUCUAUAUUAAAACGAAAAAUUGGAACAAAGUUGGUUCAUUACUAUCUCAUAUUUCAUCUCCAAAACUUCAUAUUCAAUAUGCUAAAGCAAAAGAAGCCGAUGGAAGAUACAAGAAAGCAGCCAGGGCUUAUGAAGCUGGCAAGGAUUAUGAUAACGUUAUAAGGGUUUACUUGGAUUAUUUGCAAAAUCCAGAGGAGGCCGUGAGAGUCGUGAAAGAAACCCAGUCGGUUGAAGGAGCAAAGAUGGUCGCCAAAUUUUUUCAAAAUCUCGGUGAUUUUUCCUCUGCUAUUCAGUUUCUUGUUUUGUCAAAAUGCAAUGACGAGGCUUUUCAAAUGGCUCAGGCCCACAAUCAAAUGGAACAGUAUGCCGAAAUUAUUGGUGAUGACUGUACCCCAGAUGAUUAUUCCAGUAUGGCGUUACAUUUUGAACAAAAGAAACAACAUUUCCUGGCUGGAAAGUUCUUUUCUAAGGCUGGUCAAUACAGCAAGGCAUUGAAACAUCUGUUAAAAUGCCCAGCCAGCGAAGACGGUCAAGCAAUCGAACUAGCGAUUGAGACGGUUGGUUUGGCCAAGGAUGACGCUCUAACUCAUCAAUUGAUUGAUUAUCUUAUGGGUGAAGUUGAUGGUAUGCCCAAGGAUGCUAAAUACGUGUUUCGCAUAUACAUGGCAUUAGAGCAAUAUCGUGAAGCUGCAAAAACUGCCAUCAUUAUUGCUCGGGAGGAUCAAUCAGCAGGGAAUUACAGGAAUGCUCACGAUGUUUUAUUUGGAAUGUAUCAAGAACUUCUUCAACACAAGAUCAAAAUACCAACAGAAAUGAAACAGAAUUUAAUGAUUCUUCACAGCUACAUUUUGGUCAAGGUUCACGUUAAACGUGGAGACCAUUUAAAAGGUGCCCGUAUGUUGAUACGUGUUUCCAACAACAUCAGCAAAUUCCCAUCCCAUAUUGUACCAAUCUUGACUUCAACUGUGAUUGAGUGUCAUCGUGCGUCACUUCGUAACUCAUCAUUCAGUUAUGCCGCCAUGUUGAUGAGGCCUGAAUAUAGAAAGGAUGUUGACUUGAAAUACAAAAAGAAAAUUGAACAAAUUGUCAGGAAACCCGACAAAACAGAAGAAGAGGAACCAAGUGAUGCAUGUCCUUAUUGCGAAUAUCUUCUUCCCCAAACUAAACUAGAUUGUCCUGAUUGUAAGAAUAACAUCCCAUAUUGCAUCAUUACGGGACGACACAUGCUGAAGGACGACUGGUCUGCUUGUCCAAGUUGUAAUUUCCCUGCUUUGUAUUCUGAGCUGAAAAGUUUUUUAGAUGGAGGUGAAGGUAUUUGUCCUAUGUGUUCAGAGAAGAUCAACUUCAAUGAUACAAAGUUCAUCAAAGAUCCUGUUCAAUAUCUCAAAAACGAUGAAUCGGAAGCUUGAACUAACUUAUUUCUUAAAUUUCCCCUCUAUUUAUUCAUCAUUCUUUAGUAAUAUAUGAUUGUACAUAAAUGUAAAUAGUGCAUGUAUAAAAUUGAUUUGGUCAGUCUUCUGUAAUGCUGAGCGUUUUAUUCCUGACUACUACGUGCGUACGUUCGUCCUCAAAUCAAUCAUAGGUCAGUCCACUAUAACAUAUAAAGGUUGGGCCUUGUAAAUGUUGUUAUAAGGUCAGAAUUACAAGAAAAUAGCUGAAAAUCCAUGUACUAAUUUUAGGAAGUGUUGCAUAGGCAUUUUAGGUAUGAAUGUGGAAAAACAUACUUAAC